AAUAAAUAAACUUAUUUAUUAAUAACCCGAAAUGAGUACUGCCAAGAUUCCACCGCUUACCUACAAGGUGAUAGCCGAAUGUUCCGUCUCCAAGGCGCGAGCUGGUUUAAUGACAUUAAGACACAGUGAGGUGCGCACACCAGUGUUUAUGCCUGUUGGCACACAGGGAACGCUAAAGGGUGUGCUGCCGGAUCAGCUAAUUGAACUGGACUGCCAGAUACUCUUGGGCAACACCUAUCAUCUGGGACUGCGACCCGGCAUUGAGACACUGCAGCACGCUGGAGGCUUACACAACUUCAUGGGUUGGCCGCGUGCCAUAUUGACAGACUCUGGUGGUUUUCAGAUGGUGUCACUGCUAGAGCUGGCAGAGAUUAAUGAGCACGGUGUCAACUUUCGUUCGCCGUUUGACAACAGUGAGUGCAUGCUGACUCCAGAGCACUCAAUGCAGAUACAGAAUGCCAUCGGCGCUGACAUAAUGAUGCAAUUGGACGAUGUGGUUAAGACAACAACAACGGGACCACGCGUGGAAGAGGCUAUGGAGCGCACAAUUCGCUGGGUAGAUCGCUGCAUAAAGGCCCAUGCCAGAAAUGAUGACCAAUCACUGUUUCCAAUUGUGCAAGGCGGACUAGAGAUCCCAUUGCGUGAGCGCUGUGUUACAGCAUUAAUGGAACGUGAGGUACGUGGAUUUGCCGUGGGCGGACUAAGUGGUGGUGAGAGCAAGCAUGAUUUUUGGCGCAUGGUGGAUGUCAGCACAAAUCACUUGCCGCGCGACAAGCCGCGUUAUCUAAUGGGCGUAGGGUUUGCUGCGGAUCUGGUGGUCUGCGUUGCCCUUGGUAUUGAUAUGUUUGAUUGUGUAUUCCCUACACGCACGGCGCGCUUUGGCUGUGCUCUAGUCAACAAGGGACAACUUAAUCUAAAGCACCAAAAGUAUAAACAUGAUAUGCAACCUAUUGAUGCUGCCUGUGGUUGCAGCACCUGUAAGCGCUAUACACGAUCUUAUCUACAUCACAUUGCCACCAAUGAAAGCGUUUCAUGCUCACUGCUUAGCGUGCAUAAUGUCGCCUAUCAGUUGGGUUUGAUGAGCUCUAUGCGGGACGCAGUGCAGCGAGAUGAGUUCCCCCAAUUUGUGCGCGAGUUUAUGGCGGAGCAUUUUGAUCAAGAACCCAUACCAACUUGGAUACGUGAGGCACUUGCUGCUGUGUGCAUUGAGCUGCCAGCAGAUGCCACAAUAGAGACAAAGGUAGAAAUCAGUGCGCCAACCUCACCACCGAAAGAUUUAAAAUUGUCGUCUUAGUUGGGUAAAUAAAUAUUGAUUUGUUUUCAUAAAA